AUGACCACCGCACAUCUCUCGGACACCAUUAUCCGGCCAAUUUCCGGCAAUUACGUCGCUAACCGGAGACUAAAACCACCGAAAAACUCAAUUUUCUUCAUCAACCAUUCCAGAAACAGAAGCUUAGUGUAUAAUAGAACUCAUACAACUCGCAUUAGACUGAGUUUAGUAGAACAAAUCCCGCCAAAAUCCUCGAAAGUCGACGUUGAACAGUUGGUGAAUUUUUUGUAUGAGGACCUUCCACAUCUAUUCGAUGAUCAAGGAAUUGAUCGGACGGCUUAUGACGAACAGCUCCAUUGGGUCAAACAGACAGCACCUUACGAGAUAACUACAAGGUGGACAAUGGAAAUGACAUUCUCGCUCCUACCAUGGAAGCCAUUGUUGGUUUUUACAGGAACUUCGGUUAUGGGCAUCAAUCCAGAAAAUGGAAAGUUCUGCAGUCAUGUGGACUACUGGGAUUCUCUUAAGAACAAUGAGUACUUCUCUAUGGAAGGUCUUGUGGAUCUAAUAAAACAGCUUCGGAUCUACAAGACUCCAGAUUUAGAAACACCCAAAUAUCAGAUACUCAAAAGAACUGCAACUUAUGAGGUUCGAAAAUACACCCCCUUUGUAAUUGUUGAAACACAAAGCGAUAAGCUUGCUGGAUCUACAGGAUUCAAUGAUGUAGCUGGGUAUAUAUUUGGGAAGAACUCAAGAGAGGAAAAGAUAGCCAUGACUACUCCGGUUUUCACUCAAGCAUUUGAUUCUGAAAUGUCCAAAAUGUCUAUUCAAAUUGUUAUUCCAUCGAAUAAAGACUUGGGAAGUUUGCCGAAUCCUAACAAAGAAGAAGUUGGUUUGAGGAGCGUUGAAGGAGGGUUUGCUGCUGUAUUAAAGUUUAGUGGUAAACCAACAGACGAUAUUGUUCGUGAAAAAGAAAAAUUACUGAGGUCUAGUCUUCUUUUUGAUGGUCUAAAACCUAAAGACGGAUGUUUAUUAGCAAGAUACAAUGAUCCUGGUCGAACCAAAAGUUUUAUGAUGAGGAAUGAGGUUCUGAUUUGGCUAGAGGAAUUUUCGUUGGACUAGUGUGGUUGCCUUCUCGUCUUGGAGGAUUGAUGUUUACAAGAUUUUGUAUGUUGAUGAAGUUUGAUGCAAUUCGUAUAUUAUGCUCACAUGUAAAAACAAUUCGAAAAUGAAUAUAUUGUAGCACUAGAAAAGUGAUUAUUUUCAUAUUUAUUAUAUUCUUUUGUGAUAUAAUUAGAAAUUUUGCUUCGU